AACACACGGGGUUUGUUAUUGGCAGUUAGACACAUACUAGCUGGAAGCGGUGUGUGAGUUUUGGUGUCGCUAGUCGCCUGUUCCGGUCGAUGCUGCUAAUAUUACAAAAGAAACAGCUUAACAUUGUAAACCUCCGUGCCAAAACUAUAACGGCUUGAUGAGUGGUCCAACCUUCACCCCCACCACUGCAGAGGCGGCUGAGAUGAACCGCAUCCAUUAUGAGUUGGAGUACACAGAGGGCAUCAGCCAGCGCAUGCGAAUCCCUGAGACGCUCAAGGUGGCCUCCGAGAACCAAACAGGGUUGCUGCCACUUCAGCAGCCUCUGCUCACUCACACGACUUUGAUGCAGGUUCCUGAGAGGAUUGUUGUUGCAGGUGAUGAUGAGGACCCUCGAUUUGCUCGUCCAAGAGACUUGGACCUGAUCCAGUCCGUCCCUCCUGUGGACCUCCUGAACAUGAAGGCCCCACCGCAAGUCCUCACCCUCACAGAACAGCCACUGGACUCCCUGGAGACCGACCCAACUGCCUCUUCACAGAACAAUCCCAGCCAGGCGGCCCACUUUCACGCUCGGUCUCGAAGAGAACGCAGUGCGAGUGAGCACGUAUCUGGCCGCCACAGCAGUCAAAUCAACAGAGGUGAUAUAAGUGUAACCCCCUCCCCUUCUGCCCCCCCAGUCCGCUUGUGUCCCCCCCUCUGUUCCCCUGAGGAUGCGAGCAUCAACCUGUACACAGCUGCGGGGUUCCUGUCUUACAUCCAGUCAACAACACGCAGAGCUUAUCAGCAGGUCCUUGAAGUCCUGGACGACAGCCACCGCAGGACGCACCUGGACUUGGCCCUGGAUAUAAACCCUGACGAGUCUGGUUUGGUGGACGCCUCGUCACUACGGCGACAAAUUGUGAAGUUGAACCGGCGUCUGCAGCUGCUGGAGGAAGAAAACAAAGAGCGCUCCAAGCGAGAGGUGAUCCUGUAUUCCGCCACUGUGGCGUUCUGGCUUCUUAACACCUGGAUCUGGUUUCGUCGCUGAGGUGUGACAAAACUGAGCUUCCCAAAACACUGGAAACCAAAGCAAUUCCUUGUUAAAGGUGCAACCAUUAAAAUAUCUGUCCCUACAAACAUCUGAUGGGCACUAAAGGAAACGUAAAACUACAUUGGCCAUGUCUAAAACCAUAACCCCGUAUGUUUUUAUAGCAAGUACUAUAUUGAGAUUUGACUUAUAAAUUUCAAAGUAAGAUCUGAGCCUGUAUACAUAAUAAUGUGCAGUAUAUCUACUCAACGUUACAAAAUUUCUUGCUGGCUGACUAUGACUUUAAGCCGAGCCACAAAGUGAUUUCUGGUGAGAUGUUGCCACAGCAUUUCAGACCAGGAGUAAAGCUAAAGGUUGCAGACUUCACAUUAAAAUUUCACCUGUGUAUCUCUAUUCCUGUAUAAACUGGAAAACAACAAGCAGGACAGAGCACAAUGACACUACAACUGAAAAUGUUAACACCUGCUUUGAUGUUGUAAAGAAUGGCUUGUUGCUAUGUUGCAGCCACAACAAAUACUAGAUACCUUAUCAGACUAAAACUAGCUACAACAUAUAUUGCUGUCCAACAAAUAUGAUAUCAGCUUUAAAGCAGGGCUGACAUCAUUUGAGUCUGAAGCUUUCUGCACCUUUCAGAUAUACUGCUCUGAUGUUUACUUUAGUUUAGGACAAACUAAAUGUCAUACAGAUCACAUGGAGAUGAGUUUAAAGUGGCAAAGGAGUAUGUGGCAUGAAAAACUGCAAACCCUCACUGAUAUAUUAUGGAUAUUUUGCACAAAGAGCUCAGAAAAUGUUACUGAUUGCACCUUUAAGCUUAAAUCCUUUGCACAGCAACAACAGAUGUUACGGUGAUGCUGGCCAUCGUUCAUCUUCACAAGAAUAAACAGGAUUUGUAAAUGAAACUUUUCAGCCUCAGGAGAAGAAUGAUUAGAUGGGAAACAAGGAUUUACUUGAGCGACAAAUGUUUUGGGAACCCAGCCCAGAGCUGGAAGUGUAGUUACAGGACCAAACCUCAGACCUGAUCUGUCUUCUUUGUUUGAAGUUGGCGUUUAUCAAGUUUGGUCAAACAUAACCAUUCUUAAAGUGUCAAAAUAAGAUGACUAAAUCUAGAGAUGCCAUAACAUUUACCCUGAAUGUCCUUUGAGUUCUUCAUCACCCAAAACAUUUGUGUACAGUACUUGAAUAGCCUGUUGUUAAAAUGUUGUAGUUCUUUUUAUUUUUAUUUUUAUUUUUUUACCUCUUUGGCAGUCACAUGCUCUGUGAUUGUGAUAUGAGCUUGAUGAAGUGGCAACAUAACUACUAAAGAUAGGGUACUGAGGGUGUUACUGUGAAUAAUAACUUAUUUCCAUGCUGUUUAUACAGUUUGAGCUUCUUUUUCCAGAGAAUUUGACCAGACUUUUAAAAAAGCAUGGACUGUGUGAUAUAAAGCUUAGAGCUACUGUGUGUAUGAUCAUGUGUAAUAGAUGAAUAUCUAUAUGAAAUACUGAUGUCAUUAUUUUUGAAAAACAUAAUGUAAUUUCCAGGAGGUUUAUUUAUCACACAUUAUGCAGAGGCAUCAUUGCAGUGGUCAUUUUUUCCUGUUAUACGCUGUACUUAUCACUUUAAGCUGGAGUUUUAAGUUAUGUAUUUUACUUUCAUUGUAAUAUAUGAAUACAUUCAUUGUUUGUAAAUAUUUUUGCUGUAAUAAAUGAUAGAUGUGAA